AUGUGUCUACGUAUUUAUAAACACUACACAACCUGUGGCUGCCUCCUCGCCGACCCCUCCCUCCGCGAGUGCUCCCACGGCCCGACCUCGCCCCUCUGCGGCCACCAGCACCAUGUCGGCAUCGUCACCCGCCACGGUGAGAAGUGCGCCUACCACCGCCGCAUUGCCCGUGACCGGGACCGGACCCGCGGGCUGCGGGACUCCAGACAAACCCGCAGCUCAAUCGAAGAUCCUGUUCCCGCCCCCCUUGACCACACGCGCGAAGAGGUCGCCGGGGAGCCCAAGUACUCGCACGAGAUGACCGACUUCCAAAUCUUCAUCAAGGAUCUCGAGCGUUUCCUGGACAGGAUCAAGAUCCCAGUGUCAGAGCCAAAGCUGAAGCCGUUUGGAACCGAGGAACAGGGCAUGAUGAAGAAGAAGGUGGGCGUGCUGCCUCCCCUCGACGGAUGUUCGGACUGGACUGAAGACGACGAAAAUGACAACGCCCUGGCUCGCCGCAAGAGACGCGAGCGCCUCCGGGAUGACUUCCUCUCCAUCGCCCGCGAUCAGGAGUUCCCUUUCGACAUGAGCGAUAGGUUCCUGAAAUCCGCGUGGGACGAUGACAAUGACAACGACAGCGACAGCGACAUCAUCUCCAAGGAAAGCAGCGAGGCGGACCAGGAUGAUGUGGGGUCUAGUGACGACGACAGCGCCGCCAAUGAAGCCGUGGCUGGGGAGGAACGAGUCGAUGUGGUGGGUGACGAUGAAGACUUGGAGGACGACGAUGAGGAGCAAGAUGACAUGAAUGAUGAUGAUGAGGAAGAAGAAGAUGAUGAUAUCUGGCGGCCGGAGGAAACCUGGCCACCUACCGGAGUAGAGUGGACUGCCAAGCUCAAGUUCAUGACUGGAAUCCGCCGCAACUAG